CUGGAGCAGCCGUCUUAGCUAUCUCACUACGAGUAGUCGAAAGAGCAGGAAGAAAGAAAGAUCUGAUUAUGCUUACGGAGAAGGAUCAGCUCAUCUCUGCAGAUGAAUAAAAUAUCAAAACAGUGGGACGAAUGACCAAUGUUGCUUUUCAACUGGGAAAGGUGCACGCUCUGGGAGAUGUCGUAGUGUUAGACGUCAACACUUAUGAUGUUCUUUUGGGUUUACCUGCUCUUAUGGCUCUGCGAGCCAACUUGGACUUCGAAAGACGAUCGAUUAUCCUCCGAAAUACGGGAGGAAAACCCUACGCCAUACCUAUGAGGUUGACCCUUCGUACGUAUGUUAAUGUAGCCUCGCAAGUUUCUCAAGUAAUGGCGGGAACUCUCCGGGUGAUCACCUGGGAAAACUACGCGGACGAUGAGCAAUCAUCGGAAGAUGCGGACAGCAGUGACAAGGAUGAUGCGGCAAUUCUGGAGCUGGCGCGACAACACAUUUGUUACCCUGCGCAACGAGUGAACGCUAAACCGUUGAACCUGACUGAUCGAAACCUGCAAAGAACACAAACGAUGAUUCUGGGAGAACCUCUCGUACAGAUAUCAAGGAUGGUCGAUUCUUUGGAACCCCCUCGAACCCUGUACGAAGUGGAGCUGACGUGGACAUGGGACAGUGAGCAUCGCGCCGCAAGGGAGAACGUGGAGCUGCUAAUUAUCCAGGCCUGGAGAACAGAGGUGGAAGGAGAUCUCCUCGGAUUCGUCUUCGGGGCAGUAGAGCCAGGCCAUCGGCAGACGAUCAUGUGGGAACUCACGAUCCCCUUUGCGCAGCUGGUCGACGACCUCCCCCUCGACAUUAUAUCACAGUGUGACGAGAGCCCAAUGCCGCACGUUCUUUCGCGAAGAUUAACUCCGUAUUUGCAGUGGUCAGCCUGCUUAGAGGAUCGAACGGAAGGUGACAGCUACCCAUUGCGUGCGAAGUAUCUGAACCCCCGGGGGAUCAUCGACAUCCUUUUCUUUCAGCCUCGAACAGCGGCGGAAGAGGAAGCGGUAGCUGAGGAAGCGGAGGUGGAAGACGAAAGCAAAGAAGAAACCACGGAGGAGGAAGGAAGCUACAGGAGUACAGUGAGGAAGAAUCGGGGACGGAGAGCGAAGAAGAAGAAGAAGAAGAAGAUCAUUUGGAAGAAGAGGAAGGAUCUGAGUGGGAGACUCUGGUGGGUUCGGUGUCCUGUGGGGAUUUGCAAUGCGCCUGCCACGUUUCAGCGAGCGAUGAACAUCACGUUCCAUAACUUCGUCAACAAGACACGGCUGACGCAAGGAAUGAUUAACUUCUGCGUGAUCGUGUACAUGGCCGACAUCCUGGUCUAUUCGAAAACCUAUCACGGGCACACGCAACACAUCGAAUGGACAUUGGGUGCAUUGAGAAACGCUGGGUUCAAGAUUGCGCUUAAGAAGAGCGAAUUUUUCCUCUCGGAAAUUUCGUUCUUGGGCCAUGUCGUGACACGUGGAGGAUUGCGGCCGGACUCGAGAAAAGUUGCGGCGGUAAAGGAAGCUCUGGUUCCCACAUCACUGACGCAGGUUCGAGCCUUCUUGGGACUAGCGUCGUAUUACCGGCGCUUCAUCAAGGGUUUUGCCGCGAUUGCACGACCACUAACGAAUCUGCUACGGAAGGACCAGCCUCUCAGCUGGGACACGGAGUGCCAGCAGGCCUUUGCAACCCUCAAGGACGCUCUGGCAACGGCCCCUAUUUUGAUUCGACCGGACCCCUCGAAGCAGUUCAUUCUCAUCACGGGCUGGCAACCGGAAGCUAUUUCCGCUAUUCUAGCGCAGAAGGGGAACGAUGGUCGCGAACACGUCAUCGAGUAUGCGUCACGAACCGUACCGGACGAACGAAGAAACGACUCCGCACCUCAGGGUGAGUGUUAUGCGGUAGUUUGGGGAAUCCAACACUUCCAUCCGUAUCUCUACGAACAGAAGUUUUGCCUCCUAACGGAUCACGAGCCUCUGCUACCGCUAAAGAAACUCACCAACUACAUGGGCAUGAUUGGCCAUUGGGUGGUGCGACUACAAGAAUACGACUUCGAUAUCGUCCAUCAAAAGACAGAGCGACACAGCAACGCGGACGGGCUGACACGUCUGCAUCGACCUGCCAAGUGGGCGGCGCUGAGAGCAGAAGAGGAGGCCGAAGAGGAAUCGGAAGGAGAAUUGAGGAGAGAGGUUGGGGAAGCAGCGGCCCGAUUGGCCGAGGACGAGGAAGAAGAGCGCGAAGCAGAAGAAAAGUCGGCGGAAGCUGAAGAAGAAGAAGAAGAAGAAGCAGAGGAGGAGACUUCGGAGGAAGAGGAAGAGGCCUAUAGCGAGUACAGCGAGGGCGAGCAAAGUGAGGAGGAGGACGAAGACGACGAAGAAGUGGAAAGCGGGGACGAUCAGGAGCCAACGCACGACGAGCUCGAGUGGGUGCCAAGACCGGAUCGGCGAGAGGAGAACCCGGAGGCUGCUGCGCAGCGCAAGAAAGAGAUUAUGGAAGGAAAGCGGCUGGCGAUCUAUCCCGCGUCGAACGAUCCUUUCAAGGAUCCCGAGCCGCCCAAGCCGGAACAUGGAGACCUUGCUGCCACGACCUCGGGAGCCGCGACGACAAGGCGCCGAUCCCGAUCCCGAUCCACGUCCCCCUCCGCCUCCGCCCGUCCCCCAAUCCGUCAACCUGUCAAUGAGGGGCUUAGCCCUUCGUCCCCGAUCCAUAUACCACCAUCCCCUUAGCUAUCUCUCUUUCAAUCAGUAUUUCCAUCGCGUCGUCUACCCCCGUAA